AUGGCACUGAAGGUGCCAACUGAAAAUUUCAUUCCUGACGAAGUUAGAGAUCCCCGCACAAACACCGUGUAUAGAAAAGGGAAGUUUAUGGGAAAAGGUGGUUUUGCGCGAUGCUUUGAAUUGCUGGAUACUAAGCAGAAGACAGUAUGGGCUGGGAAAAUUGUGCCGAAGUCGUUGCUUCAGAAUACUUCCCACCGUAAAAAGAUGUCUCAGGAGAUCCAGAUCCAUAGAGAAGUCCGCCAUCAACACAUCGUUGCUUUCCAUACGUGCUUCGAGGAUAGCGAUAACGUUUACGUUCUCCUGGAGCUUUGCCGUAAUCACUCACUGAUGGAACUUCAGAAACGGCGGAAGGCUAUUCAAGAACAGGAAGCGCGAUACUUUCUGAAACAAAUCGUGGAAGCGUGUAUAUAUCUCCACGGCCAUAACAUUAUUCACCGCGAUCUGAAACUCAGCAAUGUCUUUCUGAACGAUAAAAUGGAGGUGAAGGUGGGCGAUUUUGGAUUGGCUACGAAGAUUGAAUUUAGCGGACAGAAAAAGGAAACUCUAUGCGGAACGCCUAAUUACCUUGCACCGGAAAUUUUGCUCAAGAAAGGGCACAGUUUUGAAGUUGAUACAUGGAGCUUGGGUUGUAUAUUGUAUACUCUUCUUGUUGGUCGUCCGCCUUUCGAAACACCGAAGCUGAACGAUACGUAUCGGCGUAUUAAAAACAACGACUACAAUCUCCCUGCUCGUUUAUCGAAUUCUGCAAAAAAUUUGAUCACGAUAAUGUUGAACCCGGACCCUCAUCUACGCCCCAGCAUGAAAAAGAUUUUAACGCACGAAUUUUUUAUAAGUGGUUUUCUCCCGGCUCAGCUACCCGUGUCUUGUCUCACUAUGGCACCCCGAAAUCUUGGAGAAUCCACUCGAAAGCCGUUAAUCGAAGUUACCGUACCAAACACCAACCAAGCUGCCCGGGACGAAUUACCACCUGAAGCUGUUCCUGUUGACCAUUGGUUAUCUGAUCUGCACCAGCAAUUAAGCGACUUGAUUGCAUCGUUUGGGGAAUCAAAGACGACACAAAAUAAUGACCAUGCGGAAGAUCCUAACCAAAGUCCUGUGGUCUGGAUAUCAAAAUGGGUUGAUUAUUCAGACAAAUACGGCCUUGGAUAUCAGCUGAAUGAUGGCAGUUCCGGUAUUCUGUUCAAUGAUUCGACAAAAAUUCUCUUGUGGAACGACCAGCAGUAUGUGCAGUAUAUCGAUCGCGAUCAAGUAGAGCACUACUGCUCCGUAAAAGAUUAUCCCAAAACUAUGCAGAAAAAGAUGACUUUACUGCAGUACUUUCAAAAUUAUAUGCAGGAGAAACUCAUGAAGACGGGAGAAAACCUGAGCCCUCGAGAACUGCUUGCACUGCAAAGACUUCCGUGGUUGCGCAGCUGGUUCCGUUCGCAUUCGGCUAUUAACAUGCAUUUGACGAAUGGAACUGUUCAAAUAAACUUCUUCAAAGGCCACAUGAAAAUGAUACUGUGCCCUUUGAUGCACGCCGUAACGAUUAUUUACCCGGAUAAAUCGGCCCGGACUUUCCGCAUGUCCCUUUUUGCUGAAAUGGGUUGUACGAAAGAACUGCAGGAACGCUUGAUUUAUGCCAGAAUGAUCUGUGAAAAAAUGCUCCAGUACAAAAGCGCCGGUUCAGGGAAAUUAAGGAUGACUGGAAAUGGAGAAGAAAAAGACAAGGCAGCAUCGUCAGAAAUGUCGGUCGCGGAAUCCACUGAGUAA